CUUCUUCCAAACUCUAGCUCAUCAACAAUGGAUGCAAUACGAAAACAAGCUUCCAAGCUCAGGGAACAGGUCGCUAGGCAACAACAGGCUGUUCUCAAACAAUUUGCUGGUGGACUUGGAGGUUCUGAAGAUAUUGUAGCCAAUGAAGUAGAAUUGCAGCAGCACCAAAAGCUUGAGAAGCUUUACAUAUCAACCCGAUCCGCUAAGCACUUUCAACGGGACAUUGUCCGUGGUGUGGAGGGUUUUAUUGUAACUGGAUCCAAGCAAGUUGAAAUCGGUAUUAAACUUUCUGAGGACAGCAGGAAAUAUGGUGCUGAGAGCACUUGCACCAGUGGUAGUGCAUUAUCCAAGGCGGCAUUGAGUUAUGGUAGUGCUCGUAUGGAUAUUGAAAGGGAAAGAGAAACUCUAUUAAAGGCCCUUGGCACACAGGUUGCAGAGCCUUUGAGAGCUAUGGUAGUGGGAGCUCCUUUGGAGGAUGCUCGACGUCAUGCUCAAAGAUAUGACAGAGUUAGACAAGAAGCCGAAUCUCAGGUGAUUGAAGUUGCUAGACGGCAGGCUAAAGUGAGAGAAUCUAAUGGAAAUCCCGAUAAUUUGUCAAAGUUUGAAGCUGCCCAAGCUAGGCUUCAGGAGCUAAAGUCAAACAUGACCAUAUUGGGAAAAGAAGCUGUUGCUACUAUGUCAGCUGUAGAAGCUCAACAACAGAGAUUAACACUUCAGCGACUUAUAACCAUGGUUGAAGCAGAGAAACAUCAUCAUCAAAAAGUUCUGCAUAUACUUGAUCGGCUGGAGGGUGAGAUGUUGCAAGAACGUCAAAGGAUUGAAGCUUCUCCUACUGCAACUGCAGUUUCACCCAUGAGCUCUUCUCCACCUCAUGAUGAAAUAAAUGGUGUAUUUGCUUCUCAUAGAAAUGACAACUCUGCAGAUAAUACGGACUACUUUCUUGGAGAGGUUAUACAUCCAUAUCAGGCCGAGUCGGAUGCUGAGUUGAGUUUAACAGUUGGGGACUAUGUUGUUGUUCGGCAGGUGUCGAACCAUGGUUGGGCUGAAGGCGAAUGCCAAGGGAAGGCAGGUUGGUUCCCGUUGGAGUACAUCGAACAACGAGAUCGGAUCCUUGGUAACAAGGUGGCUGAAGUUGACUAGCUGCUAACCUCAUUUUGGUAUUGUUAUUGUUUACCAAUUAGUAGAAUUACUAUGAACAUUUGUGGUUCUUUCUUGGUCACUUUUUAUGGUUUUAGAUUUCCUUAUUCAAACUUCAAUCUAUUUCAUGUUGUUUUGAGAAGGAAAUUUAACCUAGAAUUGUUGCACUUCCUAUUUCAUAAACCAAAA